UCCUCUUAAAAUCAUCAGUCAAGUCUCUGCCAUCAUUUGGGGCGUCAGCUACAGAGCUGUUGAUCAUUUUUUAAUACAUAGAUCACUUCUGGUGACUCAGCAUGCUUGCAGUGGAUGUUCUUGUGUUCAGCACCCUAUCAGUUGCUCUGUGUCAUUCAGACUUAGUGACAGUCCCUAAAACCCUGAACACCACAAACGGUCUCUGCCUUGUGAUUCCCUGCCUAUUGACCAUUUCAAAAGAGAAAGAGGGAAUGCUUGACAAAUCCACAGUAGUGACAUGGAGAAGAGGAUCUCUGUGGUCCAUCUAUGAUUCACCAAGUUUCAACGCCACACACCGUCAGCUAGAGCCACUGACUGAGGUGGUGGGUGACCUACAAAAGAAAAACUGCACUUCUGUCAUGAGGAAUCUCAGCAGCCUGCAUUCAGACCGUUAUUUCUUCAGGAUUCAAACCAAUAGUUUUUCCAUGAUGGAAACAAAAGCUGUACUGAUAAAUGUGUCAGAUUCCAUGCCUGAGCCGACUGUGAUGGUGCCAGUAAUCAAGGAAGGUGAGCAGGUGAAUCUGACCUGCACUGUUCCAGCUCCUUGCCCCAGUCAAUCUCCAAAUGUCACUUGGGUUCCUGCAUUAGGUGGUAACAUAACACGGGAAACACAGCUGAAUGCUGAUGGGACUCAGAGUCUUUUUGACAUUAUGCAAUUUGUCCCCUCAUUUCACCAUCAUGGGCUUAAAGUGAGCUGUGUUUCCAUUAAUCCUCUACACAGAGAUGAAAAACCACUGUUCAGCCGCAAGACCAUCAUCCUCCAUGUUGAAUAUCCUCCCAAGAAAACUUGGAUCUCUCUAGCGGGUUGGGUCUGGCUUGGCAAUAAUUUGACCCUCAAGUGUUUAAGUAAUGCCAACCCUCCAGCGGCCCACAGGUGGUUCAGGCAAUGGGCAAGUAAAGAGGAAGAACUGGGCUUUACUGCACAAGUCAUUUCCUUCACUGCGACCCGUGAGAAUAGUGGAGAAUACAUUUGUGAGGCACAGAAUCAGCUGGGAGGAAUGAACUCCACAAAGCUACUGAUCGAUGUGCCAGGCACAUACUUUAUUGCAUUGCUCUCAAUUUUGGGAGUGUUCUUGUUGCUUAUGUUUGCAGUCAUCCUUUGCCUGAUUUAUAGAAGGUGCAAAGGAUCAAAAAAGCGUGUCAUGAAUGAAAAUCAGAAUAUUUACACCAAUGUGUCUUCAAGCCCAGCAGAAACCCAGCAACUUCAAUUAAGGCCAUGUGGGGGAAAGGACAUAUGCACAUUCGAUGAGAAUGACCCAGAGGAAAGCAUCUAUGCAAACUGUUGAAAUUAGGAUUUUGAACACUGUCCUUUCAAAGAUCAGCCUUGAGAAACUGUUCCGGUAUCAUGUUGGUAAUGACAUUUUUGAUACGCUUGGGCAUUUUGUACAUAGAGCCAAGUCUACUAUUACGUUCAGAAUGAUAGUGGGGACAACCAGUUUCAAUCCAAACUUAACAGUGUUAAGCAAAUUACUAAACAAUUUUAAUUAAAUAAAGCCCAACCAUUGGGUAAAAUAACAAAACAAAAGUCCAUUAACAAAAGUCCAAUUUACUCCAAUGAAAUUUGGUGCUGAAUGGAAUGGCUUUUAUUACUUUGUUUUAGGCAAACACAACUAGAAUCAUAAAAGGGACUUAUUAUUUAUAGAGUUAUAGCUUUUACAAUCUCAGGCUACUUUUAGUUUACUUUUAAUUUAGCAGAUGCUUAUAUUCAGUUCAAAGGGAAGAAUAAAACAAGCAAUUAAUCAUAAGGAGACAUAACAUUACUAGUGUUAUUGCUAAUAUAGGGCCAGAUUCAAUUUCUUCAUAAAUAACAUUUUCUUCUUAAUUUCAAACAUAAAUUUUUUUUACGUAUAUUUUAUAAUCCUGAAAAAAACUUCUUAAAAGUUCUUCUCUUUGUUCUUAUGAAAAAUGUAAGAAGCAUAAAAAAAAAAAAGGUUCUUUAAAUCAUCGUAAAUAACAUCUUAAAGUUGGGAUAACUUCACAGUUGUCUUAAAUUCUAAAAGGUAUGAUGUUUAAUUAAUUUACUGUUUAUUUUUUUCAUGUUGAGUCUGAAGUCGCAGUGGGCUGUUUACAUAGAAAUGUUAUUUUAAAUGUUUUGGACUGUUUUGUGUUUAAUUAUAUUU